GUCGUCUAUUUAAAAAUGAGAAUACGAACUAAUAAACCAACCAAAAAGACCGUAUUGCUUAAACGUGUCAAUAAGAAUUUACAAGAAGAAUAUGUGCGACCACAUGCAUAUACUGCGCAAGACAAUGAAAUUCAAGUUUCGUUGGGUUCAAUAAAUAAUGGAUAUGACAGCAGUAAAAAUUUACGAGAAGGUCCAUCAUGCAGAAGUCAGUUUAUUAAUAACGAUUUCGAUUACAGUUUCUCUACAGCUUCAGAUGCAAUGAAUAGCGUUUCAGACACAAUGAGCGACAGUGACCAACUUAUUAAUGAUUUCGAAAGCGAUUUUUUUACAACUUCGGAUGCACUGAGUAGCGCUUCGGACACAAUAAGUAGUAGUGACCAAUCAAUGGUUACGAGUGAAAUUGAAUUACAAGAGACGAAAACAGAAUGUGCACAAUCUAUAGUAGAAGACAAUGGAAUUAAUUUUCAGCUACUAUCCGGAGAGUAUG